GGGAGGGGGCGAGGCGGGGCGCGCGCGCUCGCGGGCGGUUGGCGGCGGCGGGAGCCGAGGCGGGAGCCGAGCGCGCGGGCCGUUCCCCUCAGCGCGCGCGCGCGCGCGCCGCCUUCCCUUCCCCUCCCCUCCCCUCCCCUCCCCCCUUCCCCCCGUCCCGUCCCCGCCGCCAUGUCGGAGGAGAAGCCCAAGGAAGGAGUAAAAACAGAGAAUGAUCACAUCAAUCUAAAAGUUGCUGGCCAGGAUGGUUCUGUGGUCCAGUUCAAAAUAAAAAGGCACACACCUUUAAGCAAGCUGAUGAAGGCUUAUUGCGAGAGGCAGGGCUUGUCAAUGAGGCAGAUUAGAUUCAGAUUUGAUGGACAACCAAUUAAUGAAGCAGACACACCUGCACAGCUGGAGAUGGAAGAUGAAGACACUAUUGAUGUGUUUCAACAACAGACGGGUGGAGUGUGUUAAGAAAUGCCGUCCUUUUGAGAAGAGGAAUUUAAGGAUCCUCAUCACACCUCACUCCCUCAUCUGUGCUUGGAUUUGCUAUUAAAUAGUAAACAAAUGAACAUGCCAAUCACACAGGAUUCUUCUAAAACUUAAGAGGACAUUUACCAAAAUUGCUUUCUUGUCUUUGACGUACUCCGUGUGCAAGUCAAAAUAUUAUCUGCAGGGAUUAUAUCUUAAAUUGGGCCAAUUUGAUUUAAAUUCAGAUUAAGUAAUAUGCGUUGUCUAUCUGCUGUUAUCUUUUUUUUUUCUUUACACCUGUGGCCUAAAUAUUCAUCCAUGUUUGAGGAUGUGGAGUGUUCAUUCCUGGCUCUUGUCGUUCUUGCCCCACAAAUCAUGUAAAUAAUUUAGUAUAUUUUCAUGCCAAUCGUGAGCUUAAAAGUGUCUUCUUCAAAUAUGGCUAAGAGGAGGAGAAGAGCGGCUGACUUAAAAUUUUUAGUAUGUGUUGCAAACACAGUUAGUUCAGAACUCUUAAGCCUAUGACACAAAGUAUACGCAGAUACAAUGCUUAGUAUAGAGUCAGAGUUUGAAAUAUUGCAAAUUUACAUGUGCUUUGUCAUAAUAUGAUAAAGUUGACUGAAAUGUACUUUUUUCAUGCAGAAAUGAGAAUUGUCCUGAAUUAUUGUUGGAAAUGGAGUUAUCAGAGCAGCUGGUCCAAAUCUAACGCUCAUAAUAGAGCAGCAGUAUUUUGUGUUCUAUAAAUUUAUAAAAAAAAGAAGCCCGUCACUGCAACCUUACCCAUUUAUUAAGAUGAAUUUGUAACUUUCCUCUGCUCCUUUUAGUAUGACUCCAGAAACUGUAUCUUUAUUUCUCAGUUGGUACUAGAAAUAUGUGGCCUCAGGUUUCUUUUUAAUACUUGUCUUUGGUAGAUAAACUUGAUCUAUAAAUGAGAAAAAAAAACACUUUUAGUGUCGCCAAGCUGUAUGUGCAGAAAAGCUGUCGAGAGCCUGGUAAGCAAGGAAAUACAUACAUGUGUGUGGGUGGGUGUGCGCGCGCGCGCGUGUGUGUGUGUGUGUGUAUAUAUAUAUAUACAUAUAUAUAUAAAAAUCUUGCAACAAAUUUCUGCUCUACUCCUUCCCAAAAUGUAUGGAAUUUUAAAUGCAUUUGUGUGAUGAGUUUGAGCUCCUUAUGAAGUGUGAAAUCUAUUUCAAGUGAAUUUUUAAAAAGGCCAUCCUGUUAUCCUUCAAUAGGUUGUCCAUUGCUGCUUGAUGAGGUCAUUAUCUGCCUUUUAUAUUUACCUGACCAAUUUGACAAUGUUAGAUCAUCUCCUGCUUGCUUGAAAUCUUGCUGAAAAGGUCCUUAUUUCCUUUUUCAUUUUAUUGUAUAUGGGUUAGGGUGGGAUAUCCUGUAGAUCUCAUUGUUUAUUUACCAAUUUGUACAUUAUUUGUUGUCCUUUACUAUUGUAUACAGUAAAUAUAGUUUGGUACUCUG